AUGCCUCAACGCACCAUCCUUUGUCAGCUUAUUCUCUGUGCCAUCUUCUCAGUAUCGAUAGUCAACAUCUUUACCAAGGCCAGCUCGCCAUCCUUCUUUCGAAACUCGAAAUCCUCUGCCUUGCAGCAUGACCAGGAACUCAUCUGCCCGAAAUCUCAACUUGCCGAAGAGGUACUAGUUGUCCUGCGCACGGGAGCCACCGAGUCGUUGGAGAAGGUACCCGUGCACUUCCGCACAACGCUGCGAUGUGUGCCCCACUUCGUUGUGUUUUCCGAUAUGGACGAGGAUAUUGAGGGGCAUGCGGUUCAUGACGUCCUCGGCGGCGUGAGUGAGAAGAUAAAGAAGGAGCAUGAAGAUUUCAAAAUGUACAAUCAUUUGCAAAAGCAGGGAAGAACUGGACUCAAGAGUCAGCAAGUCAUCAACGCCAUGUCAGGGUCGCACAAGGGUGACUAUCUACAAACAGAUAAAGAGGGAUGGAAGUUGGAUAAAUGGAAAUUCUUACCCAUGGUAGAUCGAGCGUUGGACACCAAGCCGGAUGCAAAGUGGUACAUCUUUAUCGAGGCGGACACGUAUCUGGGCUGGAACAACCUUUUGGAGCACCUUGGCAACUUUGACAGCAGCAAGCCAUACUACAUCGGCAAGCACCUCUACAUCAACAACAUUGAGUUCGGCUAUGGCGGCGCAGGCUUUGCCCUUUCCAACCCCGCGAUGCGAAAGGUCUCGGAGCACCGCUCAGCCCACGUAAACGAGUACGAAGAAUUUACGAAGACGCAUUGGGUCGGUGACUGUGCGCUAGGAAAAGUACUCGAAGAUGUUAAAAUACCGCUUCAUCGAUCAUUCCCGCACUUCCAGGGUGACGCGCCCGCAACCCUCGACCCAGCCAUCACGAAAAUCGACCGCGACCUCUGGUGCUACCCUACCAUCACAUACCACCACGUCUCGCCGGCCGAGAUUGAGGAGUUGUGGGAGUUCGAGCAGGACUGGUACAAGCGACACGAUGUUCUCCUCCGUCACCGUGAUGUCUUCAUGGAGCUUGUGCAUCCCAAGAUCGGUGCAUCGGUAGCUGCAUGGGACAACAUGUCGGCGGAUAAGGAAUACAACGCACACGAUCACUCAACCGCGGAAAACGAGUUCGAGCGUAAUGCGUGGAAGUCUUUCGGACAUUGCCGCGCCUUAUGCGACGACCGGGAUGACUGCCUACAGUUCUCAUUCGACGUGGGGACUUGUUCGAUAUCGAACAAAUUCAGACUUGGCUAUGCAAAGCCGAAAGAGAGGAUACGUAGUGGUUGGAUGCUAGACCGUGUCGAUGAGCUCUUCAAGGGCUUGGAGGGUAGGUGUGGGAUCAGGGAUUGGUUCGCACCACAGGAGAGCAAAAACAGCCAAUCAAAGAUGAGGCGAAGGCGGAGCGUUUGA